CAGUGGUGCACGCACCUGACAUGCACAUGAAAGUGGACGCUAACAUCAGCUCGGCAAAUUUAGCUUAAUUUUUAGGUUCAUAUUACUGUCGUUAAAAGACGUUUUCAUUUCAACUCUACGUUGUGUGGCAAGUACGAGACCCGUAGAGUAGUGUUUAACUGUGUAUGUUGUCUUCUGUUCCGGUUAAAAAGGGCAGCUAACAAGAGCUAGCCGCUUAUUUCAUAACUGAAAGGAAGCAGUUUUUUUUUUACCUUGUUCCCCGAAUUGUUUGUUGUUUUCGUCGUAACCCGCCGCUUCUUGUGCCUGGUUUCCGUUUAAGAGCAUUAGUGACCGAAAAAUGAAAAUAAGUGACGUCUUUACAAGUUUGUCACCUUGCUCGAUGUUAAAAUCUCCAUGACUUGCAGAUCAUAUUCAAAUGAAUGAACAAACGAGAUAACUUAAAUUAGCUUAGAUAACUAACCUCGACUAUAUAUUAUAUUAUAUUAUAAAUCCAAAAUAUGACAAUCAGGGUGACCAAUGAGGUGAUGAGAUGGUCGCUGCGCUUUUGCUGCCGCAGGUUACUAUGGAAACGGCCAAGCCUCCCAGUGCCAGCAUCAGUCAGUGAUGCACUUCUAUCUAGGAAUGACCUCAUGCGAUUUUGGCCUGGGAGGCUGAACCAUAACUGCUCCUCUGGGACUUUCACUGCGACGCGGUUCUACUGCAUGUGGAAUCACGGCGAGGACCCCAAAGAGAGCGACCGUCUCGCCUCAGAGCAUUCGCCUUCUGCUGACCUCGUCCUCGACCAGAGCCCCUCAGUGCACAGACAGAGGAGUUCCCCUUUCCUGAAACUCCUGCACCUCUGUGGCUCCCCGUCAGACGUGUUGGACCUCACAAGUAGGUACUCGCCGGAAAACCGGCAGGUCAGCAACUGCCUCAACCACAUGUGGUUCUCCACGAAGAAGAUGUUGGACGACCAGCGGCGCUACGAGCUGCGCCUGAUGUUUGACCAUCCCGAAUUUGAGAGUCUCCUGCAUAGGGCGAUGAGGUCCGUCCGGCACAUGCGCAACAAUGACAUCGCUUACGCUCUGUUGAGCAUGGUCAACCUGGGGGUGCCUCAGCAAAGCCGCGUGAUCCAGACCUUCCUGCGGACCUGCCAGGAGAGACUGAACGAGUUUGAUGAGAAGACGCUCUCCAUCUUGGCCUCUGCUCUGGACCAGAUGAAGGAUAGUCCGAAUGUGACGGCUCUAAAGGAAGGCAUGAGGCUGGUGGUUGAAGUCCGUCUUCCUGAGAUUAAAAGUGUUUUGGCUCUCCAGACCAUGAUGCGUCUCCUGGGACGAGAUGCCCCAAAGGAGCUCAACCAGAAACUAGAGGCAAAGGCUUUAUCCAUGACAGACCAGUUCAACCUCCCCAAUGCUCAACACAUGAUCUCCACCAUGGCCACAAAUGGCCUCAACUCCAAGCCGCUGCUGAAAGUUUGCUGUGGGAAAAUCAGAGAAAACAUACACGACAUCCCCUUUAACAGACUGUACAACGUGCUGCAGUCCUGUAAGGACCUUCACUACAGAGACGUAGAUCUGCUCACCACCACUUCAGACCACGUUGCUUCCACGCUCGACAUUUGGACCAAUAAGAAGCUGCUCCUCUUCCUGUCUGUGUUUGAGCGGCUUCUGUUCUGUCCCACAUCCCUGAUGGAGGCUUAUGCUGACAAAGUGAUCAGCGACCCUGAUGCCCUCACCCUUAAAGACCUCCUGUGUGUCUUAAAGGUUUACUCCUCUCUUAACUAUGACCUACAGCAUAAAAGACAACAGUUUCUCGAUAGUCUCAGCCAUGCCCUCAUCUCAUAUCUGCCCAAGAUGUCCGCUUUGGAGUUGCUAAAGGCCGUCUCCUGGCUGUGUCUGCUGAACCACUUCCCCGCGCCGAUCCUGGAGCAGCUCUUGAGUGUUAAUACGUUGGAGCAGCUGGCAUCCACAAAGUACCCGAAGAGCAUGGAGCGUUUGUUCCAGAGAGUGGAUCUAUGUCUCCGUCUUGACCGUCCUCCCCUUCCUCAGCCCCUGACCGUCCCCCCAUCCGCCCUGGGAGACCCCGCUCCCCUCGCUCCGCCGGUAAACCCGCGGCUCUCACAAAGCCUGCAGAGCGCGCUGGCAGACGAGGCGAACGCAGCGCUGCAGGAAAUGCUGGUGGUGGAGAACUUCUACAUCCUAGACGCCGUUGUAACCAAACCCCGUCCGAGCCAACCGUGCGCGACGGGAACAAGCAGCAUCUCUCCAGCAGAGAGCAGUCAAAGAAUUGCAGUCAUUUACACACCAAACUCUAGUCUUUGCUUCGGUACCUCCCACCCUCGUGGCCCCCUCGCUGUCAAGAUUCGUCACCUGAAGAUCCUGGGAUACACUCCGGUUUUGGUAACAGAGCAACAUCUACAGUCUUUGUCUGAGAAGGAGAGGACAGAUGUCAUACGAGGACUCAUAUUUCCAGAAGACGCAUCAGAAACUCAACCAAAAGUCGAACACGUUGGAUCCUAAACCCUGCAGUCUGUGUAAAACGGGACUGAAGAGUCACACAUGGCUCAGAUUUUACUGUGCAAAUUAAGAGUUUGUUAAAAUGAAAACUUGUUUAUAAUAAUAUUAAUAAAGAAUGAAUGGAA